UUGCAUUUUGCAGGGCUGGGCUCCGAGGGGGCGGGGGCUGGAGGAAGCGGAAAGCCGCGCCGAGUCGCCGGGGACCUCGGUGAACCAUGUUGAGCCCUGCCAACGGGGAGCAGAUCCACCUGGUGAACUAUGUGGAGGACUACCUGGACUCCAUCGAGUCUCUGCCUUUCGACCUGCAGAGAAACGUCUCGCUGAUGCGGGAGAUCGACGCGAAAUACCAAGAAAUCCUGAAGGAACUGGAUGAGUAUUAUGAGAAGUUUAAACGGGAGACAGAUGGCACUCAGAAGAGGAGAGUAUUGCACUGCAUUCAGAGAGCCCUGAUUCGGAGCCAGGAGCUGGGCGACGAGAAGAUUCAGAUUGUGAGUCAGAUGGUAGAGCUGGUGGAGAACCGGACCAGGCAGGUAGACAGUCAUGUGGAACUCUUUGAGGCACACCAAGAGGUCAAUGACACCACUGGACACAGUGGCAAAGCUGGCCAGGAUAAGUCUAAGAAUGAGACAAUCACACAGGCAGAAAAGCCCAAUAACAAGAGGUCUCGGCGACAGCGCAACAACGAGAAUCGGGAGAAUGCAGCCAAUAAUCAUGACCACGAUGACAUCACCUCAGGAACGCCUAAGGAGAAGAAAGCAAAGGCCUCCAAGAAGAAGAAACGGUCCAAGGCCAAAGCAGAGAGGGAAGCAUCCCCUGCAGACCUCCCCAUCGACCCAAACGAGCCCACGUACUGUCUGUGCAAUCAGGUCUCCUAUGGAGAAAUGAUCGGCUGUGACAACGAUGAGUGCACCAUUGAGUGGUUCCACUUCUCCUGUGUAGGACUGAAUCAUAAACCAAAGGGCAAGUGGUACUGUCCCAAAUGUCGAGGGGAGAAUGAGAAAACCAUGGACAAAGCCCUGGAGAAAUCCAAAAAGGAGAGGGCUUAUAACAGGUAGUUGGUGGACCUUGCUCAACAGUGAGGAGGACUAAGUCAGUGUAUUUAUUACAUUGCCACCUUUGGUGAGGUGCAAGGACUGUACAAUGUAUAUUUUUAAAGAAUGUUAGAAAAGGAGCCAUUCCUUUUGUAGGGAUGGCAGUGAUUCUCUUUGCCUUUUGUUUUCAUUGGUACACUUGUGUAACAAGAAAGUGGUCUGUGGAUCAGCAUUUUAGAAACUACAAAUAUAGGUUUGAAUUAAACACUCAAGUGAGUCUCUGACUGAUUUUUUGGGGGG